GGGUCACCAUGGAGGGCAGCUUCACCGGGGGUGAUGUGUACCAGAAGCACUUCCUGCCCAGGGACUACCUGGCCACCUACUACAGCUUUGAGGAUGGCCCGUCGCCUGAGACGGAGAUGAUCAAGUUUAACCUCGAGUGUCUCCACAAGACCUUUGGCCCAGGGGGUCUUCGGGGGGACACACUGAUCGACAUUGGCUCAGGCCCCACCAUCUACCAAGUGCUGGCUGCCUGCGAGGCCUUUGCAGACAUCACGCUCUCGGACUUCACGGACCGCAACCGGGAGGAGCUGGAGAAGUGGCUGAGGAAGGAGCCGGGGGCCCAUGACUGGACCUCGGUGCUGAAAUUUGCCUGCGAGCUGGAAGGGAACAGUGGCCGCUGGCAGGAGAAGGCCGAGAAGCUGCGGGCCAGGGUGAAACGUGUGCUCAAGUGCGAUGCCAACCUGAGCAACCCGCUGGCCCCGGUGGUGCUGCCCCCGGCCGACUGCGUGCUCACCCUGCUGGCCAUGGAGUGCGCCUGCUGCAGCCUCGACGCCUACCGUGCUGCGCUGCGCAACCUCGCCUCGCUGCUCAAGCCAGGCGGCCACCUGGUGACCACAGUCACGCUGGACAUCUCGUCCUACGUGGUGGGGAAGUUCAAGUUCUCCUGCGUGUCCAUGAAGAAGGAGGAGGUGGAGCAGGCGGUGCUGGACGCUGGCUUUGACAUCGAGCAGCUCCUGCACAGCCCCCAUAACUAUUCCACCACCACUGCUUCCAACAACGGCGUGUGCUUCAUUGUGGCCCGCAAGAGGUCUGRGCCCUGAGCCAGGAGGGCCAGCACUUGUCCACGUGCUAGGGAGGGACGGGUAGCAUCUAAUGCCCCUGCUUUCAGCACUCAUAUCUUUUCUGAAAGUCUGAGAUUCUAACAUCCUCACUUUAGAGCUCUAUGUUUUCCAACAUCCUGUGUUCUAGGGUCCUGGGAGUGGAAAAUUCCAUUUUUCUAGUAUGCUAAACUAUCUGACUCCCAGGGACUGUAGAGUCUCCCGGACAUGGUUUCUGUCUUUACCCAGGAUGUCAGAGACAAGGAAGCCAAUAGAUAGUGCUAUGUUGUAAAUGCUUCAAAUCCAGCUCUAAAGAGAGAAUAGCACUGAUUAGCAGUGACAGGCAAUUUCUCUGGUGUGAAUGAUCCAACCAUGGUUGAUUUCAAGCAACCAGUGGUUUAACAACUCAUAAAACUCCUAAAGAUUUUGUAAUUGGCUCUCAUGAGCUGAUAUGAAGUGACCUAAACAUACCACUGCCUCUCCUUUGCAGAUUUAGAAAUAAAACUACAGGGUGUCCAGUUAAUUGAAAUUUAGAUGAAUAAAAAUAMUWYUUUUUUUUUUWAAAAAAAAAGAAUAAGUAUGUGCCCCAAAUUGCCCAGUACAUACUUAUCCUAAAUGUAUUUGGGUUGUUUAUCUGRAGUUCAAGUAUAACUGGCUGUCUUCAAGGUCAUCCAGCAACCCAGAUACAGACCUAUUUUUCUGGCUCCAAAGUGAGAAGAGGGGCUGCCCAGGAGCUAGUCUGCUCCCUGCACAGAGGAGCCUUUAUGUGGGUUAGGAAAAGCUCUCCUACAGGUAUUUUCUGGGUUGAAAAGUUGCUCCUUGUCCCACUGGAAGGACUCUGAGAACAAGAUGACACUUCUGGGCAAACAUUUGGAGAAAAAAGCCCCCUCCUUAAGGCCAACAUGGUCCCACCCCUGGAUACCUACCUGCUUCUCUCCUCUCCUGCCACCACCUGCACCUGCGGCAUAUGCUGCAGAGCUGGGUGCAGCAACCCUAAUAUGGUCAGGAUUCUGGCCUCAGCCCUGCUCCACUGAUCUGGGCCUUAUUCCCUCUUUGUGGAGCAGGGGAAAUGGGAUCUCAUCUAAAUAAUCUUCAAGAAAGUUCUAAGAACAGAAAAUCAUUGAUGUGAAAGUACUUUGAGAAGUAAAAGGAUUUGCACAAAUUGACCUAUGGAUAUUAUUUUCCCAAAGGGUUAGAGCUGGAACGGUCUUUCAAAAUUGAUUUUUUGAUGAACAAAAAUAAUACUUUUUUUUAAGAAUAAGUAUGUCUCCCAAAUUUCAUGGAACAUACUUAUCAAAUCCCUGCUUUUCACAAUCCAGGAAGCUAAGGGCAGUGGUUGCCCAGAGACACAGAUAGCUGAUAACAGAGUUGGAAGAAGAACACAGGUGUCCCGACUCCUCGUCCAUUUGGUGCACCAGAUGUCUCUGGACCUGGAAGCACAGGAGUCCCCUUGCCCCAUCUARCACAGGCUUGUUUCAGCACCCAUCCCCCCUCAGCAUCCCUACACUUCCCAGCUUACACUUGCUCCAAGCAACACACAAACCCCAGCUCCUCUCUUCUGACUUGUCUGGAGAGGCACUGCAUAUGUUAGUUUUAGACAUGCUCCUGGUGGAACCAUCAACAGGCAGAGAAGGUAGGGGCCUGGCAGGCAGAGUCCAGGAAUUGCAAAAAUAAGGCCCUGAUAGGGAGUUGUGAGGGAAUAUGAGGUUUCUGCCCAAAGCAGCCAACGAGGGGCUAGUUUCUGCAAUGUGGCCAACAGACAGUUGCCCUGGAGGAGGAUUGCUAAGGAAAGGAAGCACCCCCCUGUGACUUCCUUCGGUGUCAGGACUUCUCAUGGAAAGCCAUCUGGCCUGAACAUGGGCAAAAGACACAGAGAAUCCAAACACAUGCCUCGCUCCCAGGGCAGCUUAGUGUGCAGAGUGGAUUGWCUGCUGUGGGUGAGGUGGUGGGGAAGUGAGUCUUCAGGGGCUUUCGGUCCCGGGCCAGGCUGGAUUGAAUGGCUCUGCUGAGCACCUGCCACAUAGCCACUGCAGAUACUGUGUGCUUUCUACAUGCCUUAAUAAAACAUUUUGUUUCACUUUAA